UGUUAUCCCUCUCUAUAAAAAGAGAUGUGUAUCUACCACCCCACAGAGACUGCUCGACCAGGCCUCUUCAACAACUUUGUGACUUUCACGCUCAGUCAGUGGAUAGAAGAUGAAGUGCAUCGUGCUCUUUCUCGUGCUGUCGCUGGUCGUCCUCAUGGCUGAACCCGGGGAGGGUUUCAUUUUUCACAUUUUCAGGGGUCUUGUUCACGCCGGCAGAGCAAUUCAUAGACUCAUCCACAGGAGACGACAUGGCUUGGCAGAGCAGCAGGAGCUGGACCAGCGUGCGUUUGAGCGAGAGAGAGCUUUUGCCUGAGUCCAUCUAAAAGAGCCACUCUGAAACUUUUGUCUUGGAUAAAAAAAAAAAAUGCUUCUUGCUCAGUAUAAAAACAUAUUGUUACUUGCUUGAAAAUGUAUGUUUACAUUGA